AUAUACAUAAACGUGCCCAAAUAAGUAAAUAUAGUUCAUUACAUGUAAAACGUAAAAAAAUGAAUAAAAAAUACUCAUAUUUUGAGUUAUUUUAUCCUUUAUCGUAUUAGGAGCGCAUUGCACUUUGUUGUGGUUUCACGCUCCCUAUUUUUAGACUUAUGUUUUGUCGACACGCCGUAGCUUUUUAUUCCUCCGUCUACUUCUUCCAGAUUGAUAUUAAUCUCGCCUUUUUUAUAACAUAAAACUUAUCAUUUAAUUAAGGUAUUCAAUUAUUGAUAAAUUUUUAAGUUGCAGAGUCGGUAUAAACGAUCGAUUGCUAUUAAAUCGAUCAUACUUUUAUUGUUAGAAAGUUUGUUUACAUAUGAUGCGUGCAAUGAUCCAUAAAUCAUUAGCAUUAGUGUUUAUUCACAUAUAUUGAAUUACGUACAUCGUAAUAUCGUAAAUAUGUUUACACUUCAAUAAUUGUUUAAUUUAUUGGUAACGAUAAAUGCAGUACAAAAGAAAUUGUAUAUAACUUUCUGGAAAGAUAUCCUUUCAUAUCGAAUGCAUUGUGGAUCUUUCGAUUUGUAACACUGAUAAGUUGGUACCGAUAUUAAGCAACCGUGUAGCAUAAGUGACAGGUGAUAUUUGGUGAUUCUAUGUAGAAAGAAGUACUUGUAAAGUGUCGAUUUCCUUUAGCACGUUGUUUUUCUUUACAGUUUUAUCAUGUAAUAUAAAGUGGGGAUUCGUGAGAUUAUGGACGCCCCCUAGUAGCGUGCGUGCGUCACAGCGCGUAGCGUCUUGCACGUAUACACUGUCAAGCCGAAAUCGCGGUGUUAGUUACAGAACUGGCAACGAAUCGAUGUAAACAAGUAAUAAUAAAGAUGGUGACGAUCAGUGAUUUUCUCGUCAUGACAGAUUAUCGCGAUUGAAACUUUUUACAUGAUUUUUACGAUACACGUACGGACAGAACGGAGCUAAUUUUGACUACUGUCACGAUCAACGAAACAUGCUGUUUUCAGUGAAGGUGCUUACUUACUAUUGUAAACAUAAACAAAUAAUAAAUUCUGAUAAAAAAUAUUGGAAUCAAUUUGGUUGGAAUAAACUUUUAUUGGUUUUUUGUGAAUUUGUUAACGUGUGAUAUACUUUCUUUAUAAGCAGUCUCAAAAUAACGUGCAAAAUGUUUAGUUUUCAUAAGCCAAAGGUGUAUCGAUCUAGCACUGGAUGCUGCAUCUGUAAAGCAAAAUCCAGCAGUUCGAGAUUUACAGAUAGUAAAAAAUAUGAGGAUGAUUUUAUUGAAUGCUUCCAACUUGAAGAAAGGAGAACAGGAGAAAUUUGUAAUGCAUGUGUACUCCUUGUCAAAAGGUGGAAAAAAUUACCAGCAGGAAGUAAUCGCAAUUGGAGACAUGUUGUUGAUGCACGUGCAGGACCUGGUAUCAAGUCAUUGACAAAAUUUAAAUCAAAAAACAAAAAGAAAAUAAAAGAUUUACCAGAAAAAUUUGAGAAGAUUAUGAAAAAGAAACACAUGUAUUUGAAAACUGAUAGAGACAGAGAACAAAGUCCAGCAAUGAGUGAUGAUUUGACAGAGGACUAUUUGAAUGGAGAUGGCAGUAAAGGUUCAAGUCGAGCUGGUAGUCCUGUAGGUAGUGAUGAUAUUCCAGUAACUGAAAAACAGUUAGAUAUGCAGGAUGAAUCAGAAUCAAAGGAUGACUUAACUGUUAAUGGUUUUAUUGAUUUAACAUAUUUUAAGAGGGAGAUAAUUUGUUGUGGAACAAUAUUUAAAGGCCCAUAUGGGGAAGUUAUAGUGGAUCCUUCAUUAAUAAAGCCUUGUAUUGGUUGUAUAGCGCGGCAACAACGCCAACAACAGACAAGUGCAUUAAGUUGCAGUCCUGCACAUAGUUCUGCAUCAGCCAGUCCUGUUCACAGUUCUGCAUCUGCUAGUCCUGCCCAUAGUGUAGAGUCUGGUACAGAGACAACAGUCUCUAAACAAACAAGUAAGACGUUUAGUGAUUCAUCUUCAGAUUCUGGCUAUGAUGAAUCUUCGAACCAAGGAGUUGGCGAGAGUAAGAUUACCAAAAUCAUUCAGAAUACAAGUGCUAUUGUAAAACCAGCAGUUAAGAUACAACCACUAAAAAGUGUUCAAUUAAAAGCUAUACCAGUAUCGGAAGCUGUCAGGUUAAAAGCAGACGUGCCAAUUAAAUUGGUACCUAUAAAACAAAUUGAUCAACUGACUUGUAAGCCAUUGUCCUUAGUUUCUUCUGCUAAUGUUACUUUAGGCAGUAGUACUUCACACUCCAUUGUUACCGUCCCAAGUAAUCCACUCGUCGAUUUUGCCAUGCACGCUGCCUCCUCCAGGCAAUCAGUCUCUAAUUAAUGUCAGUCUCUCAUAGAAUUUUAAUUUAUUUUUUUCUUACGUAGUUAGAUGUAUAAUGCGAUGCAAAAUUGUGUGUUACGUAUGCUACUAUUACUGUUCCAGACAACAAAGGCUUUGGAUAAGAGUGUUUAAGUUUUAUCAUAUCGAGUACAGAGAGUUUAUAAUGUUAUGAAUGGUAAAAAUGAAAUCUUGUAAUUAGAAGAGUAACUGUUAUAAGGUGUAAGUAGAGAGAUAGUGCUCUUGGGAAAGAUUAAAAAAGAUUCAUGUCUUCAAUCGUUGAUUGUUGAAAGAAAUAUAUAUAAUUGUAUAUGAUAUAUUGUCUUUAUAGACGUGAAUCUUUGAAGCGUAUUCCAUGUCUGUUAGGUAAUUUUAAAAAAAGAUAAAUGAUAAAGAGCACAAUGUUUCUACUGAGUAACCGUUUGUAGCAUAUAUAGGAUACUUAUAAACUGCCGUGAACAUCAUAAUUAUUAACUCUUCAUAAAUAAUUCCAACAUAUGGAGAGUUUUUAAUUAUCUUUUAAGUAUAAUAAUUAGCUGUGUACAUCAAACUACUGUGAUGACAUUGUAAUGUAACAUGAGAUAUAAGAUACUAUUCAGUGAAUGGCAGUUUAUAGUACUUUCGUCCUAAACAUUAGUUAAUGUACUUUAUGAUAUAAAAAAAUUUUCUUAUCCACAGCUUUUAGUUUUCUGGACUAUUUACUAUUGCAAUUGUAUAUGUGAAUAUUUGUACAGAAGUUCCAAGAUGCCAAUCACUUUUUUCAAACAUUUGGGUCCAAAAAUUAAAAGAAAAAUUCAGUUAGGGUCAUGAUAGCUACAUUGUACCAGAUGCAUUUGAUAUGAUCUAUGCAAAGGUCCAUGACGUUAAAAAUUAAGUAAUUCAACUUAAGAGACGAAUGUGUUCAGGUACUGUAAAUCCUGACCCCAUUAAUAGCAAUAAUACGAAAAGUAACUUUAUGAUAAAAUAAAUGAAGUCUGUUGAAUAGCAUCAUAUCAGUAUGAUGAUAUAUUUAGACAGUAUUAUUAGAGAGAGAAAUUGAAUGAGAAUGUGGCAAUCAGAUUGGCAAACUGGACCAGCAAACUUUGUUAUAAUAUUUCAGGGUGACUGCAGCAUUAAUGUAAAAACAAAUCGAUUAAUAGCGGAUUAAUUGACAUAUGAAAUAAGUGUAAUGCUAAAUAAGUGAAAACUGUUAGUUCCUAGUUUUCAGAGAUGGGCACAUGACAGAACAAAAAGCACACAAAAGUACCUGUUAAAAGCAGAUUACUGUGAUGAUUGGAUCAUUCACUUCAUUUUUUUUUUUUUUUUUCCCCUAUUUUUUCGGUCCAUACCUAAUUCAGAACGCACAAAACAUUAUCCAAAUUUAAAUAUAUUACAUAUAUACAUAUAUUUUUUGCAACAAGCCCAGGAGUGACCGCAACUUUUUUAAGACCACAUUUUAUGAGAUGCAUUUCAAGUAAUCAUUUUAGAAAAUAAUAUCAUUUCUGCAUGUACCAGUCAAAUAAUUUUAAUGAUAAAGCCAAAGAGGUAUGAAAGAUAUGCAUUUAUUUUAUAUUAGGGCGAAACAAUUUGAUCAAUGAUACAAACUUUUUAUGAAAAUAUAAUGUUUAACUAAAUUAUAAAAUUGAAAUUAGAGAUGAUGAAUGUGCAAUACAUUAUAUUCAAUUUUAUAUAAUAUUGUGCAUGAUAGAAAGUUUUUAAUCGAAUUUAAUAUAAAUAAUAAACUGAAUUUUAAGACUACUUUACUUCUGGGAUAUUGGCAAUUCAUGUAGUAAAUUUUUUCUUUGCACAUGUAUUUGAUUGAAAUUUUGAAAUGCCACAUUCGCUGCCCAUCUGGCUUAAGCUCAUUGACAAUCGUUAAGUAACAAGGAAACUAUAACAGUUUUUCAUAUGGAAUCAAACAUCGAAAUAACAAUUUGUCUAAGGACAAUGUUAACCACCUUGUCCUUCGACAAAUUGCAGUUGUAUAUUUCUUUGGACUAGGAGACUUCAUGAUCUCUUUACUGUGAAUAUUAAUAACUACGUUUUUGUUGUAACUCACACGUUAUGAUUUAUAUAAUAAUUAAUAUAUGUCAAGGAUAAAGGUUGGAUCAUAGGGUCAUAUAUUUAGCACUUAUCAUGUAAGAUUGAUUUUUUUUUAAAUGUCGAGAAUUUUUCAGACUUGAAAGGCUCAAAUUACAAUUAAGAUUUUCUAGAGUAUACUCGUUCAGCGCAUAGCUAAUAUAAUUUUUUAAACGACCUUUAUAACUUUCUAUGAUCCUUCCUCAGAUAAAAAAAGAAUAUAAGAAAUAUUUGUUUAACUUA